CUAAAAAAAUUAAAUAAAAAAAUACAUUGACAGAUAAGAAUUUUGGCCUAACCUCUGAACAAUAUAUUCUGUAAAAAUAGUAAAUUUAGACCAAAAUGGCAUCAUUAAAAGCGUACAGUUUAGGUAGAAUGGCGAGAUAUAUCACUGAAACUAGUUUACGGAAUUUCCGGCCGAAUCUUUACAGAAGCACGGCCCGAGGCUACAGCACAGAAGAGAAGCCAGCGGAGACGGCCAAUGAUAAGCCACAGCUGCCAACCACCAUAGAGGAGUGUCAUAAGCAAAUCGAGACGCUGACCACAGAACUAAACACUGUUAAACAACAGAUGAAGGAUUAUGAGGAUAAGUACAAGCGUGCAUUGGCCGACGGCGAGAACGUCCGGAGGCGUAUGGUCAAACAGGUUGAAGAUGCGAAGUCUUUCGCAAUCCAGAGUUUCUGUAAGGAUUUGCUCGAUGUGGCGGACACACUGGCGGCGGCCGCCGAAAGCGUCCCCGAGAGCUCCCUGACAGAGGGCGGGGUGGACGGAGCCUCGGCAGCUCUGAGGUCGCUGCACGACGGCGUCAGGCUCACCAGAGCGCAGCUGACACAGGUGUUCGCGCGACACGGGCUAGUGGCAGUUUCACCGUUGCGAGAGAAAUUCGACCCGAAUUUACACGAAGCACUCUUUCAACAGGAGGUGGAAGGAGCUGAACCCGGGACAGUGGUGGCUGUGAGUAAGGUGGGCUACAAGCUGAGGGAACGAUGCGUACGGCCCGCGCUAGUCGGCGUCGCUAAAGCUUAGCGCACCAUUCACUGAAGAGUAAAACUUGGAGGAGAAACGAUGUGUUUGCGAAGAAUUGUUGAUUGUGCAGUGCUAAUUGAGAUAGUGUUAUAGUAAUACCACGUUUACAAGUCGCCUUUGUCUUGACGGCGCAGAAUAGUGCAACCUACCUCCGAAUUAAAACUGAAAAUUCAAUAAAAUAACGAUCUUAUGUUAAAGUUACGGUUAAAGUGAAGUUUGUUGGUUGGAAUAACUUGUUCCCUAUUAUUUACCCUAUAAAAAUUAUAAGCACAUAUUCAUGCAGUGUACAUAUUUUUAUUCAAAAUAUUGACGUCACAAAACUUUUAGUGACAUAAAACGAGUUUCAUAUUUAAACUGUAAUAAUAUACAUAGAUUACAAACUCUUUACUAGUAUCAGCACACAAUAUAAAAUUCAAAUAAAAAAAAAAACGAAAUGUCACGUGCUGACUCGCCCGUUCAGUUCGCGGGUUCAAUUCAAACGACGCGCUCUGAUUGGCUCAAUUAUAUUGACAUAUUUUCGCGCCAAAAGAAAAUUUUACAUCUGCGAGUGUCACAUCGGUGUUAUUUGUAAAUGUGGUAAUUACUUUAAAUGGAUUUUCAUUUUAAUGUAAAUCUUUGUAAGAUUUACGUUUCAUGAAAUAUAAUGUUGUUGAAUUUGUUUCCUGUGUUUCUUUAUAUCUUGUACUUACAUGUAGUAAAAUUAUAACUGGAAUUUGUAAAUAGCGAGGUAUUCACUAUUUUCGCAAGCAAGUUAUUAUAUUUAUAGGUGUAUUUUGUUACGAAAACCCUGUAAGGUCCGCAAAUAUAUAGCAUUUAUACAUAUAUCUACCUUUCUCUUUAAUCAAUAAUAUUUAUAAAAAAACUGAUUAUCAAAAUUCGUUGUGUAGUUUUAAAUAUAUAAACAUACCUACAGACAAACUGCUUUAUUCUAUGUACCUACUGAAAGGAUGUGCACUUAUAUAGAAAUGUAACGUAGAUUAUUGCUAUCUCUUAUUAGUUAUUUCAGCCAAAGAAGGAUAGUCAGACUAAUAACUUAUAUGUGUACAAAGAAAUUUUAUUUGUUCCAAAUUCCAUUGGUGUAUGCAUUUUUAGAUGGUCAUCUCUAAAACAUUUAUUGUAUCUGUGUUUUGAUAAAUCGUUGGAACAAGAGUGAAUGACAAUACAUAAUGCAUUUCUUUUUAACCUCUGAAGGAAAAAGAGGGUUGUUAUAAGUUUGACGUGUCUAUCUGUCUGUAUCAUUAUAGCUCGCAAACGGGUGAAGUGAUUUAAAUUUUAUUUUUUUAACACAUUCUCUUUUCAUCGCAUCAGUAUGAGAAAGAGAGCAAUAAAAAUAUUGGUAUGAACUAUAACUUGUAUGUAAGAAAUGGUCAAUUAUGAUUUAUAGUUUUUUCCCCAUCUAAAUAAUAAUUUGACCAUUUGCGAAUUUAGACAUUACGCGUACAUUAAUAGAUGUUUAUUUUUGUUUGUUAUAUAGCCAAUAGAGUAGAAAUGUAGUGUAUAAAUUAGUGUAGUUUAAAGACUGGUGUUUGGUAAAUUUAAUUUGUUGAUUUAAAUGCAUAUUUUGUAGCGCGCAAACUGGAAAUUCUCACUGAAAUUCCUUCUACGCAUUUUUUGCAAAUUAUAUAGAAAGUAUAACUGAUUUUAACUCGAGCUUUGCAUUAUACUAUUUAUAAAUAAUACAGGUAUUAAACGCGCACGUAAUGUACCUUUAUUUUAUUUCAUGAUUCCAAAAUGUCCGCGAUAAAAUGGAGGGAAGUCAAGUGCGCGUUUAAUACCUGCAUUAUUUAUAAAUAGAAUGUUUCAUGAUAAUUUUUCCUUUGAAUAUAUCGCCCUAUAAAUAUAUAUACAUUGCUGAACAUUUACAAUACUUCCUACAAGUGGAACAGAACUAAUUGUGACAAGAUUCAAUGAUGACGUUGAGAUUUGGAACUGCGACAAUUUUUUGUUUUCCAAAAAAGAAAUUAAUGUGAUUAUUGAUGUACCUAUUCAGAGAGGCAUAUGCCAGGAUGUUUUCAGAAGGGCUUAAGAAAUAAUUCAGUAAUGUGCCUACAAAUUAAACUUUAUUAGUUUUCUAUUUUCCAUCUUGUAAUGGCAGCAUCUGUAUUGUUUUAUUCAUGAUUUUAAUAAUUUUUAUCUUCUUUCUUCGUUUUUCUCCUAUACCAAAAAAAGAGACAAAGGCUAUUUUUUACUCGUGACUGGAAAUUCGCUGUAAAUAUUGUAAUAUUACCAAUAAAGCAUUUAUUAGUGGA